GAAACUUUUGAGGAGUCUUUUGAGGAGCAGCACAGAGGAGGGUCGUGUGAAGUGGGGUGCCCGAGAGUCCUUGAACUCCAGGGCCUCCAUGAAUCUGGGAAGGGAAAACGGGGAUGGCCAAGGCGGCCAGAGGUGGAGGUCCACAGCUCCCGACCUCUCUACUUUGGCGGCCCGGACACGGCACGGAUUCUGUGGCCGAAGCUGAGAACAGCCAGGGUGCCUGGGCCAGAGGGAGGGCCAGGGCCGGAGGAAGGAGUCAGGGGCCGCCGCCGCCCCGCCCGUCGGGCUGUCCGCCCCGCCCACCCCGAGCGAGGCGGAGCCGGCGCCCGGAGGAGCAGGAGGAGGAGGAGAGGUCGGAGCCGUCUCCAGGAGCCCUUAGAGACCGAGUCCCCGGCGGCGGCGGCGGGGGGAGCGCACCGGCAGGCGAGUAGGCACCGAACGGCGGGCGCAGAUUCAUUCUACCACUUCCAACCUGAAAACGGUGGGCCACAGGAAGUCUUUCUGGUUUCAGGUAAAAACAAUACCUGACAAUGUCGAGCAAAACAGCAAGCACCAACAACAUCGCCCAGGCAAGGAGAACUGUGCAGCAGUUGAGAAUGGAAGCCUCCAUUGAGAGAAUAAAGGUCUCAAAGGCAUCGGCGGACCUCAUGUCCUACUGUGAGGAGCACGCCAGGAGCGACCCUUUGCUGAUCGGGAUACCAACCUCAGAAAACCCUUUCAAGGAUAAAAAAACUUGCAUCAUCUUAUAGAGGAACACGGAAACCGUCCCUCGCCUCUUCUCAACAAAGCAAAUUAUGAGCAGCUCCUUGGAAGACAUUUACCUUCAGCUUAUUUGGUAACCACUGCUAAUAACUAAAAUACUCUAACUUGGAACGAUUGACUCUGAUGUCUUUAUUUUCCAAGCUGCCCUUUCUCUAAAACACCUUUUACUCAUUUAAUACAGAAUAACAAUCUUCUUUUCCAUUUGAUAACUAUGGUGUCCUAUUGGGUUACUGCUUCAGAAAAGUUGGUCUGGGCCAUUUAAAAAAAAACAUUAUCUGCUUUUAAAUAUAUGAAUAACCCAGUCAUAUCAAGACUUAAAUUACCUAAGUACCUGUCUAGGUUAAAAUGCCAAGAAUAACUUACUGAAACCUUUAUAUCAUAGUAUGUUUUUAAUAGGGUUGUGCCAACCUGUACAGUGUACAUGGGUGAGGAGUGUUUUGUGUAUAUAUAUAUAUGUCUUUGUAUAUACACAUAUCAAUGCUAUUUCCUUUUUAAAAUUUCUCUCUCCAUGCCAUCACUUCGACUCCAGAAGUUAUACCUUUGUCUUGAGCUGUAUGUAGAUAGAAUAAAAGUUUUUCAUAUAGUUAUUGUACAAAAAGGUAUCCACUGUAAUUGAGUUGUGAAGAAAUGUUGCUGACCUCUUAGGCUAGAAUUAACUAUACCGAUUAAAAUUUAAAAACUGAACUAAAAACCCUCUUAUCAGGUAUUGACAAGGGAACCUAAAAAGGCUCCCAUGAUCCUGAGUCUAGAAGACGGGGGGAGGCCUCUGGGCCAGACUCUGGGGCUCAUGUUCUCUAGAUUGUGGAGAGACACCUCUGAAAUGUCCACCCUAAUGCCUAGAGUGCACGUGAGCCCCACCCAAAGGAGAGCAGGAAUGUGUGAAAACCAGCUGCUUUUCUCAGCCAAACUUUGUAAUUUCACUCUCUCUGCCCUGCCCUUUGUCUUUCCUCUCCCACUAGAACAUCUCUUUCCAGAGGUGGUAUUCACCUCCCCAGCCCCAAGUGGGUGGAACAUGGUGGGAUGGAAAUACAUGAAACACAACAGUAUCAGGCACUUUUCAAAUAUCUCUAGUGCCAGUGUGUUCCCUACCUUGUCCACAAACCACCCGAGGCAGGCUUGGAUUCAGGGAUACAUGACUUGGGCUUCAGGGUUCCAGCAGCAGGUUCCUUGAUUUUCCUCUGGACAUGAGUACAGCCCUCACAUCCUUGGAAUUUCCACUGGGCAUCCCAAGGAAUCUCCUGUGCCCAGAGAGUAUUUUAACUUUAUCAGAGAAAGAGAAAAGGUUCUUAAAAAAAAAAAAAAAAAAAAAAGUGCUCACCUAAGGGCUCAAACCAUUUACAAGCCUUUGAUAUUUUAAUUCAUCUUUAGUUCAUUGAAAAUAACUACUGAUGAAGGAUUAAAAGCUUAUUUUCAAAAAGGAGUCAACCCCAAAAUGGAAUUAUUUCUGAUGGUUUUCCCUAGUUCUGUACAAUCUUGCCCUGCAACACAAGCCCCUUUUAAAACCUAAUGUCUGGUUUUAAGUAUUAAGCAGAUUGUGGGUGAACAAAUGUAGUGCUAUUUUUAAACUGUUCAAAUAUAGUCAGUAUUUCCCCAGUCACCUAUCUGUUCAGUAUUGUGAACUGCCCUCACUUUUCCAAGAUCAUGUGAAAAUCAUGCCACUGGCCUUAUCCUCUUGUCCUCUGCCUCUGGGUUUUGCAAUAUGACCAGUUUCCACAUAAAUUGUAGGCACCUGUUUAGGAGAGAUAAAGGUGAAAUUUGAAAUGUACACGAAAAAGACAACAUUGCAUUUAAUGCUUCACUUAAUGAGACAUUUUCUUUUAAUAAGUAUAUUUUUCUACCGAUAGUUUCAGAACACUAAUCUUAUUUUCACUCUGAUUUUUAACAUGUUUCUUUAAAUAUUUAUAAUACAGCUUGUUAAAUAUUUUUAUGAAAUUUUAUUAUACCUUUUCAUUAUAUGUGCACUUUUUCAGUAGCAAGCAUAGUUCAUUGCUUAGUACUAAGUUAUGUUCUUUUACCUAAUGGAAAACAAAUAUGUUUUGCUCCCUAUUUGUUAAUGUGCUUAUAGUGGUAAGGAAUGGACUUGAGGUCCCUGAAGAUUUCAUUUUUCCUGGUCAGCUAUCAUAAAGGCUAGGAGUAUAAAUAUCAUGUAGCUUCCUAAUGAUGUAUAGGGCAUGUUUAAGAAAAGUGAAAUCACAUCCUUUGAUGAUGGACCCAGUGGGGAAAAAUUGUAGUUAAAUGUUGAUUUACUUAAAACUAGACGUCUAUGUGAGAAAGUACAUGUAUAGGACAUAUAGAAAUCACUUUUAUUUGUCAGGCUUUAUUUUACUUAUGAAACACCAUUUUUAACUGUUCUACAGCAGCUGGUUUAUGAUAAUGGACAAAUGCCCAGUAUGUGUUGUUUUUCCAACUACCACUAUAAAAACAAAUCACAUAUAUACAUGCAACUUUUGGCUUCAUAUCUGUGAAGCUAUUUAAAUGUGUUCAUUAUACUUUUGCCUUUAAUGCUGUUUCUGUUAACGGUGACUUUUUUUCAUUCUUAUAUGUUCAUUAGUGCAUAAAUCUGUCCCAAUUGAGGCCUCAGGACCACGGCAAGAUAUGCUAGAUAAAAUUUCAGGACUCCAAAGUAUUUUACAGAAACACAUUAUUCCAGUUUGUUCACCAAGUAUAGGUUGUAGCUAUUUUUUCUUCUACAGAGAAUCAGGUUUUUACAUUUCCUUACCUUAUGAAAAUGAAAGUGCCAUAAUUAUCUUUUAAAGGAAGGACCUGCCUUCUUUCCAUACUGUUUUUGUACUUUACUAAUCUUUAACUAUCAAAGAAAUUAUACCAGUGACUUAGUAAUUUUGAGGCAUAGGUUACUUUAGGUAGUAGAGGAUGCACCAAACUUUUUCUUCAGAUGCCUUCUUCUCAGCUAAUUUACAACUAAGUGUCAUCUGAUUACUCCAACUAUUGAUUGAAGAUCUGUAGAAGCCCAAGAAAUGAACUAUAGUACAUGUCUGUCCUUCUCCAUAAAAUAUAAUACUGGAGUGGGUUAUGAAUUGUAUUGAUUUCUUUUAUGAUCUAUUAACAGGAACAAAAUACGUGAAUCAAAUAGAAUUAAGUGUAAAUUAAAAUAGAGCACUUACCUAAAAUUGGGUGGCCUGGAUCAUAGCCUUGGAUCCUUUUUUAGCCAAUGUGGUGCCCCUGUGUCGUGUGACUCUGAACAAGGCACUUCAUCUCGCUGGGCCUCCGUUUUGCCAUCUGUAAAACAAGGGGCUUGAAGUAGAUGAUGGUGGCGAUCCCCCUGCCCCUGCACCUCCACUCUCCGAAGCCUCGGUCCAAUGGCCUACCCCGCUACAGGUCCUGCCAAUGUGUUGGUGCUAUAAGCUGCUUCAAAUAUAAAAUGGUUCGUCUAUCAUAUAUGCUCACUUAAUAGCUUAUGAAAGGCCUUUUUGUUAUAAAGCUUUUUCUGGUUUUAUGGACUUGAUUACUGUAAUGUUUUGUUUUUAGCCGUGUAACUCUAAACAUCAUUCACUUGUCCCAGUAAUCUGGGAUGGGAUUUUGUCAUUUUAUGGCAUUCUUUGGCUACUCAUCUGUCCAGCAUCUUAUUAACCUAAGCACUGUGAUCAUUGUUUGGAAAUCUGUCCUAUGGAAAGAAUAGAAACAUUUCCUUCACAUGUACUUCACAGAUUCAAAAGAAGUUUCAUUAAAACAUCCUUCUCUUUACUGGAUCCGUGCCUCACUGUAUCAUCCUACUCGUGUUUUGCCCAAUAAAUUAAUAGAAGACCA